GCGACGGCACGAACGCGAGAGACCACUACCGCACGCUGAACAUCCUGGACCACUUGGGCAAAGGCAUCUCGAAGUUUAUCGUCAGUCCGUUUGUUCGGGAGGCCUCCGUGAAAAUAGAGCCCACUCAGUUUGGAGCUGCGGCAAAGCGUGCAACCCGUGACGCCAUUGCUAUGAUCGACGACAUUUUCCAACGUUUUCGAGCGGCUGCCAAGAACUCUAAGUCGUGUAAGAUCCGUGUGGGCAUCUUGGUAGACCUUGAGAAAGCCUUUGGCCUUCUUUCCAGAGAUGCGACUUGGUCCGAAGUUCAGCGUCUUGUGGGGUCAGCUGGUUUUACCUUGAUGUGUGCUGAAUUGCAUAACGGUACUUGCUACUUGUUCAAGGAUCCGAAGUCAGUUGUUUUGGCACCGAAGGCAGCUAAGCAGGAGUGCCCCAUUGAACCCAUCAUGGCUACUCUUGACAUGCAGGACCUCACCAGUUGUAUAGAUGUGUCCUGCAUUUGCUUCGUUGAUGAUUUGAUCGCGCUGGCGGUCUUCGAGUGCUGGACGGAGGUAUCGGACUUCAUCGCGUUCAUUGCCUCUGUGUUGAAGUCCAAGGACUACCACAUGAACAUGUCGAAAACGGAGGCGUGCAUCUUGAGCGACGGAGCCCUUACCAAGCUCGAGAGGUGGCAGUCGACCAAGCUCCGCAGCGCGACCAAGACCCCAGCGCACCUCACCCACCUCACGAACGAGUUUGUGAG